AUGGAAGAAGAAAUUGCAAAAAAAAUUUUUGAGUAAUGCUUAAAAAAUAAGGUGGAAUACAUGUCGCUAGACAAAUGUAAAGAAAUAGUUAAGCAUAUAUUUAAAGAAGUAGGAGUAUGCUCAAUUGAAUACCUAGAUUCUGGGUCAUUUGGAGUAGUUUUAAAAUAUAAUAAUCCAAAUAAAUUAAAGAAAGGAGCUGUAAAGGCUAUUAUUGGAUAUUUAAGUGACGAGGCCAGUAUGAAAGAGAUAAAGGAUGAGAUAGAUUUACAAAUAAAUAUAUGCAAUCCGUAUAUUGCUAAAGUAAAGGAAUUUACUAAGAUCGUUCUUGAUAAAGCUUAUAUAAUUGGUUUCGUAUGGAUGCAUUAUUACGAAGAUGGAAGCCUGAAAAGAUUUUUAGACUAAUUAAGAGAAUAAAAUCAAGAAAUUGAUUUCAAAACUAAAAUGAGACUUGGUAUUUAGCUUUUUGAUGCUUUAUCUAGCAUGCAUUAAAAAAAUAUUUUUCAUAGAGAUAUCAAGGCUGCUAAUAUUCUAAUGCAUCAAGGUGAUUGUGUUAUUGCUGAUUUUGGUAUAUCGAGAAUCUAAAACAUCGAAUAAUAAAUAUCAAACUCACAAAGAUUUAAAGGGACACCUAUGUUUUUAGAUCCUGAAAUUCAUAGAGGACAUCUGGAUAAAAAAAUGGAUUUAUUUGCAAUGGGAAUAGUUCUGCUAAUGAUGGAUAAUGUGGUAUAGUUUGCAUAUGAAAGUCAUGUCGCUGCAGAUAUGAUUGAUAAUUAUGGCUACUAUUCUACUAGCUUUGCAAAAAAUGAAAUAAUUUAGGAACUCAGAUAAAAACUUAAUACAAACACCAUCUUUUUUAAAAUAGCUGAAAAGCUAAUUACUAACAAAGUAAGAUAAAGACCUUCUGCUGCAUAAUGCUUGGAUCUUUUAAAAGAAGAAGAAAAAAGAUUAAAUUUAUUUACUACAUAAGUUUAUUCCACAAAAAAAUACGGAUCAAGCAAAGUUUAUGAGAAUAAUGAAGAUGAUGAAUUUGCUAUAGAUAAACAAAGCAAAGUUUAUGAGAAUAAUGAUGAUGAUGAAUCUGAUAUUGAUAAAUAUGGAGAUGAGAAUGCAUAUAUCGAUAGUGUGAGAGAAUAAAGCUCUAAAUCAUUCAUUUCAAAUGUGCCUUCAUUUUAUAGCAAUAAAAAUGAUAGUGAAGUUCUAAUUAAAGGAAAGAAGCACAAUCAACAAAUUAAUUCCAAUGAAAAAAGCAAUAGCAACUAAAAUAAUAUAAAUAAUAUUUAAAAGCAAUAUACUACAAAUAAUUUCUUUGAAAAUAAGAUGGGAAAAACUUUUAAUAACUAAAUAAAUAAUUUCAUGGAUGGAUUAGUAACCGACAGUAUACCUUAUGAAGCUAAUAAAAAAUCACAACAGGUAGGUGGUUUUUCUGACCAUGUAGAUAGAUUAAAUGAUAAUUCUUAUGAUGUAAAUUCAGAAAGAAGUUUAAUUAAUAAAGGUGAUAUCAGCCAAAAUAAUAUAAGUAGUAGUGACCAAAGCAGUAGUUGUUACAGUAGUAUCGGUGUUUAAAAUAUACCUGCUUUCUAAAAAUUCUAUAUCAAGCAAUAACAGAUACUCUUUUACCAGGGUUUAUUUGAAGAUUUUCAAACGAUGAUUUAAGCAAAAAAAACUGACUACAAUAAAUUUAAUGGAAUAAGCUUUAAAUUUAAAGCUUUGGAUAAUUAAACUUUAUAAGAACAUUUAAUAGCUAGAAAAUUAGAGCAGCUAUUUAUACAUAUCUAAAGCUAUUUUGAUUAUGUAAAAGAGCCUAUUUAUUAUUUUGAGUUAGAUCUAAAAUCUAUCUAAAAUUUAAAUGGAGAUUGUAUAGAGCUUAUUCAAAAUUUUCUGAGUACUUGUUAUAUGAAGAAAGUUAAAUUUUUAUAUCUUAAGUUAAAAGGAGAAUAAGAAAGAGAUGGAUUUUAGAAAAUAGUCAAACCUUUAUCUGAUCUUUAUGAUAUUGAAAAGCUUGAUUUACAGCUAUACUCAUUCACCAAAAUUAGAGAUAAGGACUUUAAACUCUUAACCUAGGCUUGCUAGUAAAUGGAUAACUUGUAUUCUUUAAAAUUAAAUCUACAAGAUAACUCCGCACUCAAAGAUAGUUCCUUAGAAUACUUAGGAAAAAUAUUUUUGAAAUUAGAAUAACUAGAAGAAAUAUAGCUUAUUUUUUGGAAUAACACUAGAUUUUCUGAUUAUGGAUUAUAAUCUUUGCUGUUUGGAAAGAAGUUACUACAUUUUGAUUUAAGAAUUGGAAAUUGCAGUUGUGUAUCUGAUGAAGGAAUUAAUUCAUUAUGCGAAAAUCUUAAAAGUUUAGAAAAGCUGAUUUCUUUGAAGCUAUUUUCAACAAAUACAACUUAGUUUACAGAUUCAGCUUUAAUGUCAAUUUCUAACAAGCUUAAAAAGGUUCAAACACUUAAAGUCCUUAAUAUUUAGUUUAACUUAGCAGAAAAUAUUUCAGACGAAGGACUUAAAUCUAUCUCUGAACUGAUUGAAGAUCCUAAAAAGGAGUUUACUUAAAUAGUUCUUAACUUUAAUUCGAGCAAGUGUUUUACAGAUAGAGGAAUCAACCCUCUGAUUAACUCAUUUUCGAAAUAAAAAAAGCUAACCAAAUUAAAAUUAAGCUUUAAUGAGUGUAAUUAGUUGGAAGGAGCUCAUCUCAUAGCUAUAUCAAAUAGCCUUUAAUCGAUGGAAUAAUUAACUUCUUUUUAACUAGAUUUUAACUAAUCAAAAAUUACCUUUGGUUUAGAUUUCUUAUUCCGUGCUUUCUCAAGUACUAAAUUACUUAAGAAAUUAAAAAUCUUUUUGAACAAGUCAUUGCUUACUACAGAUUUUUAAAAAUUGUUAAUAGAAAGUGUUUCAAAGUUGUAACUCUCAUAGUUAGCCUUACAGUUCAUUAACAAUAAUAGAGUUUAGUAUUAAGAAUUAAAGUCUUGUGCUGCUAUUAAAUAGAUUAAGAAUUUAAAUAUUUGA